AUGUCUGGAUGCAUUAUUGUACAUGGAGGAGCUGGUUAUGUACCAGCUCAACUAACAGAGGAGAAAACUCGUGGUUGUCAGUCAGCAGUACAAGCUGGGUAUUCCAUAUUAUGUUCUAAUGGAUCAGCUUUAGAUGCUGUUGAAGCUGCUGUCAGAAAUUUAGAAGAUAAUCCAUCUUUUAAUGCUGGUCAUGGUUCUGUCUUUAACAAUAAAGGACAGAUAGAAAUGGAUGCUAUGAUAAUGGAAGGUGCUCAAUUUGGAGUUAGUGCAGUAGCAGGAGUAAAGACAGUAGCUAAUCCUGUCUCUUUAGCUCGUAAAGUUAUGGAAUGUACAGAUCAUGUUAUGUUAAUUUCUGAGGGAGCAGAACUGUUUGCAAGAGAACAAGGUAUACCAGAAGUGUCCAGUGAAGAUCUUGUCUCUCCUCAGACUAAAUCAAGGUGGGAAAAGUAUACUACAAAAUCAGAUGAUCAUGACACUGUUGGAGCAGUUGCUAUGGAUUGCCAUGGUAACAUAGCAUGUGCAACUUCGACUGGAGGAACUACUUUGAAAAGGGUUGGACGAGUUGGGGAUGUUCCUUUAAUUGGGUGUGGUAGUUACAGUGAUAAUAGUUUGGGCGGAGUCUCUUGUACAGGUCAUGGUGAAUCAAUAACUCGUGUUACAUUAGCUCAUCGAGUAUUGAGCAAUAGUAUAACAAUGUCUGGUCAGAAUGCUGUUGAACAAAGUCUCAAGUUUAUGUGGGACAAGGUCAAAGGUCGUGGUGGAUUAAUUAUGAUUACUCCUAAUGGAGUAAUUAGUAAGGGGUUUACUACAAAGAGGAUGGCUUGGGCUAGUAUUGAUACUAAUGGUAUAUUGGAAACUGGUAUAGAUCAACCUGCUAUAACUACUGACUAA